AUGAAUGGCCACUACGAACCCGACGAUCGCUUCUCGGGAAAUGGGGAGAGCUUCCACCGACACUCGCAAAGCAGCGGCAGUCACUUUGGCCUGGACUUCUCCGGCAUAAUGCAUCCACAGCUCGGACCAGCUCAGCAGGCGCCCAGCGAGCCGGUUCCCGUGUCUGGGCCAGGUGGCGCGCCUUACGAGUCGCACGACGACCUCUGUGUCGACCGCUGCAUGGGAGUGGGCCUCUACAACGGCUUCCAGCAGUUCAACCAUCGCGGCGGCCCGCCCUCCUUCCAGAACCGCUGGGCUCGCGACAACCCCGUUGCUCGCUAUGACUUUUCGAUGGGCCUCAACGAAUUGUCGAUGCAGUUCCGGACUCCAGAGGUGGCGUCCCCGACCUCAACUAUGUAUUCCCAGCACUGGUACGGCCAGCAGCUGGACCAGUGCGUUCCCUGCACCGACGAAGACUGCCAGUCAAUGCCCGACAGCUGCUGCGACAGCGAGUGCACCAUGACAGACAAGUGCACCAACGUCGCCUGCGCCGACACCCCAGAUGCCUGCACUGAUCAGACCUGCCCUGAGCGCCCCGCUGUCGCUGUGCCCACGUCCGAGGUAGUCAGCGGUGCUGCCGCUCUCAUCUCCAUAAACCACGCCCCUGACCCUUCCCCUCACGGCAGCUUUAGUUUCCAACACCAAGUCAGAUUUGCUCAUCCUCAAGACCUAGGCAUGGGUAGCUUGGACUUCGGUAUGCCCAAUGCCCUCCAGCAGAAUUACAUGCUGCUACCAGAUCUCCUGCCAGGCCCGCUAGGCAACAUUACCAACCACCUGCUCGUCGCCCAUGGCGAUGCAGGCUCGUCCAGUUGCACAAGACCAUGUCCCCUAGACGACCUGCAGAACUUCACAUACUGCCAUAUGCCGAUUUACCACAAUCCUGACGCCUUCGGCCAGUUCAGCUCGGUCGGCUCUGAUUUCCACGUGAAUCACGGCUUCGUCGAGUGCGGUGCCGAGAUACACGACGCCGAGUCUUUCCUCGCCCACUUUAACUCGCGCCACCGGCCCUACUUCACCGCCGGUGUGCCUAACCUUCUAGCUGCCUCGUCCCAGGCCCAGCAUAGCCAACAUGUACUGGCUUCGACCGAAGUUAUGUCCCCUCCCGCCACGCCUUUGGACACGUCCGAUUCCGGGAGAUCGUCAGGGACCCCUUCGCCUCUCACUCCGCUUUCCAACAGUUUGGAUAUGACCGACCUUAAACAGGAUAGCUCACAUCACCUCCGCAGUACAUCAAUCGCCUCGUCCGCAGAUCACUCUUUCGACGUCGGCGCCGACGAGGAGCACAAGUGUCUCUGGCGGGAUGAAUGUAGUUCUAGCGUCUGUGGGCGUGUAUUCGCCGACGCCGAGGAGCUGUUCAAGCACGCCUCGGAAACACACAUCAAAAAUGCCCAAAAGGGGGCACAGGGGUUUUGCUGCGGCUGGGACGACUGUCCGCGAAGCGAGCCCGGCGCUGCAGGGUUUCCACAGAGGAGCAAGAUUGAGCGACACAUGCAGACCCAUAUUGGCCACAAGCCUCAUAUUUGCGCAACAUGUAACAAGGGCUUCUCGGCGAAACAGGCGCUCACUCAGCACAUGUUCAUCCACAGCAACGAGAAGCCCUUGGUCUGCAACAUUUGCAACAAGGCGUUUAGAUAUCCUAGCGCUCUCACCAUGCAUCAACGUGUCCACUCUGGUCUAAAACCCCUGAAGUGCCCGGUCUGCGGAAAGGGAUUCAGCGAGUCGUCCAACCUGUCCAAGCACAAGCGCACCCAUGAAGUCAAGGGUCGCUUCACAUGUACCGUCCCUGGGUGCGACCGCAACUUUCACCGCCAGGACCAGCUACGGCGACACAUGAAGACCCACCAGAAGGAGGGCGACAGCAGGCCGGUGACGAGCUCGGCCUCUAGCGUCGACGGCAUGUGUGAUCCGAUACCGCAGAGCUGA